AUGGCACUUUAUUUGAAACCAAGUCUAGUGGAAAGUGUUAAAAUUUAUAUUUGUUUACUUGAAUCUGUCAAAGCACGCACAAUUGAUAUGUCAACACACGUCGGCCGAUAUUUCAAUGUGUUGAUUGGGAUUUCGAUAUCCCUAGCAGCAGCAAACGCAAAAAAGGAUUCUGUUAAAGAUGCCUCAACUAAUCCAAGUGGAACGACUAAACUAGCUCCAGCACCUGCGACGGCUACUAAAGAAGUUACAAAGAAGGAAACAAAGACAACAACAAGUUCUAGAACAUCAAAAUCAUUGAAAGGUCCAUUGGACAGCCGUGGAAAGCGUACCUUAUACGACUUUGGUAAUGCUGGUUAUAUCUAUUCAGAUAUUGCGAGUAGACGUGCUGGUUAUGAAAGUGAAUCACGCCCUUACUAUACUGAAAGCGGCUUAUACAAUGGACAAAAUGCUAUCGCUCAAUACCCAUCAGGCUAUGGUGGAAGUUAUGGACAUUAUCCACAGUAUCUGGAAGCACCAGAACCAAUUAUAGAAAUCAUUAUUAAAGAUUCAAAUGAUACGCUCGCAACAACAGCACCACAACCAAUAGUCACUAAAAAGAAGAAAGAGAAAGUACAUGUUUUCUAUGUCAAUUAUAAAAAAGAUCAAAACAAUAAAUUACAUUUGGAAAGUCCUAUUGCCUCACUUAAUAAUGACGAACAUGAGGAAGAAGAAGAAGUUGUACAUUAUCCCCAAGUAGUUACACCCUUACCACCACUUAAAAGUACCACAUUACGUACCAUUAUACACCCAGAUUCUGAAAAAUAUCAUAGCAAUAGUGGUAUACAUGUAACCUUUGGUUCAGAAGACAAAUCACAAACUGGUCAUAUAUUAGAGGAACAUAAUGCUGAGAGCAUACAAAGCCAAGUAGUAGCAUUACCUGCUCCAAUUAAUGUGGGCAGUGGUGUAAAAAGUGAUUUAUUACCUGCAAAUACGAGAGCCGACUAUUUAAGCAAUCAUCACAGUCGUUUACCAAGUGCUAAUCAUCUAUUCACAGCACCUUUCCAACAGCCACAUAGUUCCAGUUUUUAUCAAGAACUACCACAGCAGCAUGGGGGUACUUACUUUAGACCCCCAAAUAACUUAAUACACCACAAAUCCCCAACACCACCACAAGCAUCACCACAAUUUUAUCAGAAACAGCCACAACAUCAGCGUCCAAAUUUCAAUCCCACGCACUCACAACCACCACCACCGCCAUCACCACCAUCUACUUCACAACACCAACCACAAGCACAGGCUUUGUAUCGAAAGCAACAUCCCACACAACAAUUAACACUUCAGCAAUCGCAUUAUUACAGCAAUCAAAAUCAACAAUAUCCACAGCAACAAUCCCAUCAACAUAGUCAAUAUUAUCAAAGCUUUCCACAUAAAGUACAACAAUCCAGCAAGCAAUCUGUGUAUUUCCCAACAGAACCACCACAACAGCAAGAACUUCCAUUACGACAGAAUGCAGGGCCUUAUCAACCAAUUAAAUUCCGUCCUACACCUGCACCAACACCACAAAUUAAACCAGUACCAAUACCAGUAAAAUUGGAAAAUACUAACUAUAAUGUUCCAACUCAACAACAUCAAUCACAACAUCAACAAUAUGAACAGCAUCAACAACAACAUCAACAACAACAUCAACAACAGCAUCACCAACAGCAUCAACAACAACAACAUGAACAACAUCAACAACAACAGCAGCAACAACAUCAACAACAACAGCAACAUCAACCACAGCAUCAAUCACAACAACAUUAUCAACAACAAGCCGAUCAAGAAAAGCAACAUCACCAACAACAGCAACAAUUCCAUUUCAACCGACAGCCACAAUACGUCCAGCAACCAAGUUUCUCAUUGCCAUCACCAGUUGUACCGUCGAACUAUUACAAUAAAAAUCAACAACACACAGCUACAAAUGUACAACAAUCAAAUCAAUUUUCAAAGACAAAUAAUUAUCAAGAACAUCAUCAACAGCAAUCACCGUCUGCUUUACAAUCUUCUGCUACUCUGAGUGCUAUACACAACUAUUUGGAUAUUAAACCAUCAAAAGAAACCGAAUUACUGCAAUCGAUACCAAGAUACGAGCAACAUAUUACAGAAACUAUACAUCAUCAACAGAGUUCACAGCAGCAAUCACAAAACCAAUACAAUCAAUAUGCCUACAAUACACAGAAUCAGGUUAUCCACGAUAUACCUGCUCCCAAUUUAGGUCCUACAGUGAAGCCCCAACAACAAUCGAAAGAUCAUUUCAGUAAUAUAGAUAAUGCACAUCAACAGGUUAAUGGACACUAUAUAACCGCCACCAAUUCAAAUCAACAACAACAUUUCACAAGUUAUGCUAGCGGCGUACAAAAUGCAGCUGCUUCUCAGUCAUUUUCAUCUUCGACCCUUCCACCUCAAUAUGCACAAUCUACAGAUGGUGAGAAAAUAAUGAUUGUAACCCCAAUGCCACCCACUGCUUAUAAUCAGUACCCUACACACUACAGUAAUGAGGGUCUACAGGUGCAAAUCACACCCAAUUCUCAACCAACACUACAAGUGCAAGCAUCUACAAACUUUGCGCAACAACCUCGGCAAUCAGCUUCAAGUGUACAAUCUGUCGGCACAGGUUUAGCUCUAGGUCAUUAUGAUAAUUCUCCAUUUAGUGUAUCUACAUAUCACUCUGAUGUUUUUAAAGAGCUAGAACAGCGUCAUACUCAACAUAUGAAAGAAGUACCAGCACAAACAAUACGUCAUCAAUUACCUGCUGAAGCUCAACUUGCCAAAACAAAAGAUACUCAAAAACCAUAUAUCCCUAGCGCGACGAAAACCGAGCCUGUGAAGAACAGUCCCGCUCAACAGAAACCCAAUGCUGAUGAGAACUCUUCAACAACAAAUGUUAAGGCUAGUCAAACUCUAUUACAAUUACCCGAUGAAGUACCAGAUGAUUUGCGACAACAGUUGCUUUCUUCAGGCAUUCUAAACAAUGCAGAUAUAUCCAUACUGGAUUAUGAUAAAGUAGGUGACGUUGCUCUUGAAAACUUACCUCCAGAACACCUACAACACUUUUAUGGUGCAGGUGGUGGUGCACAAAUAUCCGAAUCUAACAAGGUUGUAACGGUAGUAAAACCAAAUGGUGAUAAAGUAGCGCUUUCUGAAAAAGAAAUUGAGCGAGUUAAAGAGAGCAACUCUUUACCACAAAAACAUAAUCUCGAUGUCAAAGUCGUACGUUUCAAUGCAAACAAUGAGAAGAGCGUAACAGAUAAGUAUUUGAAGACUGAUGCAACAGUCGUACCACCUGUCGACUUAGCUGAUCGUCAAUAUAAUCGUUAUUUGCCAUUAAAAAUUAAUGGUGCUCAGUUCCCCAUACCAGACAGCGAGGAAUUGCGUGGUAAGAAAGUUGUUAGUGUGGUCGUACUAGCACCUGUUGAGGCCAGUGAGGGACGCAUUGAACGUGAUACAAACGCUGAAAAUAAAGAAGUCAAAUUCUUAGGUGGCGAUCUUAUAAAGACUCUUGUCAAAAAACCGACAAAAGAAAAUUUUAAACGCUGGCUGGAAAAGGAAUCAAAAACAGAUGUUGAAAUGCAAUCCGUUGUACUUUUAGUAGCAAAAUCUCCAGACAAUGUUGAUCAGGAAAUAUUCAUGUACGACAUAACCACAGGUGCUGUGAAUAAGCUUAAUGGUGAACUAUCGAGUGCGUUCGUUAAUGUAGCUGAAGAAAAUGCCAGCACGGAAGACUUAGAGCAUGCGUCCACAUUAGACCCUAGCUUUCUGGAAACUAUGAUGCAUAAGAGCCGGAGAUGAAUUUCAUUAUAAACAAUACACUUAACAAAUUUCGUGCCACUUUAGUGCGAAAAUUCAUGUUAAAUCGCCAUUUUUUUUCUACAUUUUUAUUUUAGUAAUUUAAUGUGAAAUACUGGAAACUACGCUCGCAGUGUCUGGAAUUUACUAUUUCAGUGACCCAUUAGAAUAUCUUAAAUUUAUUUUCAUUAUAGUCAAAAAUUGUAAAAGGUUAGGUUCGAACAAUUGACACUUCCAGCGUAGUUUUAAAGUUGACACUAGUAAAAUUAAAAAAAUAUUUAGCAAUAAUGCAUGGAUCCGUAUAUUGCUCAGAAGAUCCACCGUUUUAGAAAUUCUAA